AUGCCUAGAGCCGCAGAAACUGCUACAUUCAAGUUCAACCAUACAAUGAUCCGUGUCAAGGAUCCUCAGGUGUCACUGAAGUUCUACACCGAGGUCCUUGGCAUGGAAUUACUGUCAAGGAAGGACUUCAAUGAAUCAGGAUUCAGCCUGUACUUCUUAGCCUACAAUCACGAAGGCAGGGACCUCACGGCGGAGGAGAAAGAGAAGUCCCGGUUCUCUCGUGAAGGUGUCCUGGAGCUCACGCACAACCACGGCACCGAGUCCGAUGCCAAUUUCAAAGGAUACGCAAGCGGGAACACUGACCCGGGCAAGGGGUUCGGUCACAUCGCUAUUACGGUCGACGACGUGGAAAAGGCGUGCGACAGAUUCGAGCAGCUGGGCGUCCAGUUCAAAAAGAAGCCCAGCGAUGGGAGGAUGAGGAAUAUCGCGUUCAUUCUGGAUCCCGAUGGGUAUUGGAUCGAGAUCGUCCCUGGUGUUCUCAAUUUGUAG